AUGGACAGAGUGCAAAGGAAAUUCUGGUGCAAAAAGCAGAACGGGAAGGGAGUAUACUUAACAUCUUGGGACCAUGUCAACAGCUACAAGGAAAUUGGUGGUAUGGAUUUUAGAGAUUUAGAGUGCUUCAACAAGGCUUUAUUAGCCAAAUCUGUUUGGAGACUUUGCCAUAAUUCUCAUCAGUUGUGGGUCAAAGCGUUGAAGGAAAAUAAUUUCCCUGACACCUCAGUUCUGCAUUCCACAAAAAAGAAGAAUUCCACAUGGGCGUGGCAGAGUAUACAAGGUGAAGUAAGUUUUGUUCAAAAAUAUAGUUUUUGGUUAUUGGGAGAUGGAAGAAGAAUCAUUACCUGGAAGGACAACUGGAUCGCAGGGAAAUAUAAACCACCAAUAUCCAUUGCAGAGUUCGAAGUUGAUGUUAAAUACAGUACUGUAUAUGAUCUUAUGAUGAAAAUACUAAGGCUUAGAAGGUUGAUAUUGUCCAUCAGUUGUUCUCCCCUGAAGAUGCUCGUAAAAUUUGAAGUAUGA